AUCUGAUUAGUAACCAAGCAAAAUCAAUCAAAUCAAUCAUCCUUGUAAACGCCGAUCAACAAAGCCUCGAGAUGGACCGUGGCAUUAUAACUAUAAGUAACACAGUAUAAGGCUAGCAGAAUGCAACUCCAGGUCACUCUUUCUCUUUUUCUCUUCUUUCAGCUACUAUGGCAGGAGGCUUGACGUCUCUUCUAGGUACAGGCAAGAUUCUGCUCAGAGUUGCAUGAUAGAGAUAUUAACAUAGAUUAACAUCUCGUCAAAGGUUUUGAGGGCCGUGAUAAUACAGCGGCAGUAGAGACCAACACAAUCAUUGUUUUCGACAUCAUGAAUGUAGUGGGUCUCUUGAUGACCACCCUCGUUCUUUUACCCGCCCUCUUGUCCCCAAUGGUAUCUAGAACUUCUACUUGGAUGGCCUUGAUGGCCUCCAGCAUUUUUUACUCUUCUUCUUACCUGCUACUUCUUCCAAUCGGUCAACGCUCUGUUGCUCAACCUGGAUAUGGGAUCUGCCUCUUCCAGGCUUCUUUGGUUUAUGGGGCACCAGUCUUAGUCUCAUUUGCAGGCUGGGCUUAUGUACUGCAGCUAUACUUUGGACUAGCUAUGAACAUAUCAACGAACAAGAUGUACCUAUUGCGAAUCAACAUCAUGCUCCUCGUAACUCCUGUGGUCAUGGCCUGCAUCAUGUUCAUCGUGUCUCUGGCUGUUGGGGCCCAGUCUCCAAAUACAGUCACAAUUGAUUCUACACGUCGUUAUUGCCAUAUAACAAGUCAUGUCCCACGUACCACAGCCGCAAUCCUGAUUGGUCUAGGUACUGCAGGAAUGAUGGUGUUCGAAGUAUUGCUCUCGAUGCAUCUUUCCCGCAACUGGGUAACACUCAAAAAGGUGACUGACGGCGAAAUCUCUAUUUUCGCAUGGUACAAGUUUGGGCGGAUCAUUAUCUUUACAAUCUUCCCUUUCGGAGCUUUCGCACUCAACAUUGGUGGGCUUUUCAGCAGUGGGACGACAAAUGAUAAAUGGAACAUACUAUUACCAAUCAUACCUCUAGGAGCUGCUAUAAUUUUUGGCUCGCGCACAGAUAUCAUCUAUGCGUGGAAAAUGUCGUACAAAGCAGAAGCCACUUGGAAUAUCUAUGAGGAUCCAAAGCCGGUGUGCUGCAGCUGUCCACACUGUGGGGAGGAGUUCGAUACCAUACCUGGCAGUGCGUGA